AUUGUACAUACCGCCUUUACUUCAACUCCAUCAAAACAUCUACAAACGAUAAAGACGAAGUCGGACCCGGACUCGUCUACCCAUAAAAAUUAUACCAAGAUUACAUAACACAUAUGUCUAAAUAAACUACCCCGCCAAGGGAGAGAUCUAAGAUCGGGUCUUAAUCGGGUUUCUACCACCUAGACGGCAGCAAUGAAAACUAGACCAGUCAAACCGAGUCGGACGAUGAAGAGAUUUGGGAGUAGAUCUAUUGCAUUGCGUCCAAAACCAGCUCAGAAAACUUAUACUCCUCCAAAAUGCUGGAAUGGACCCUUUGAGUUCUUUAACCUCCCUCCGGAGCUGAGAGAUCAUAUCCUAGAACUCAUAAUCCUCGAUUGGGAUACUCACAAUAGAGACAUCGUUCACCUGUUUCUAACAUGCCACCGCAUUUAUGCUGAGGCCGCGGCGAUAUUCUACCGAGAAGUGUACCUCGAUAACAUGCACCUUAGAGGGACUGCCGACCCUUUCCUGACCGGAACUAUCACGAGGGUCGCUCCUCGGCAGUACGUGCAAACCUUGACCAUUAGAUUCGCCAUGAAAGACCAGAUCUAUCUGUUUGGCGAGUCAUACGGAUCUGCGCUUCGGGAAAUGGUCGAAGAAGGAAAGCUUCAACGCUUGCAACUAGAAAUCGGAAGCCGCUUUCCCAAUUUUGAAUUCUGGGGCAUCGAAGAUGAAACAUCUUCUUGCGACGAUAUCCGUGUAACGGGCAAACAGGGAGAAAAGCUGGUGAUUUCGGCGCCUCGCUACAUCACGAAGACGCCAUUCCAGAAUUUCCUCAAAUUCUUAGAAGAGUCUAACAUCCCGAAAAUCGUGCUUUACGUCGACGCCGAUGAUCAUUCCAAGUUCUGGUGUCUGUUCCAUCGCGCUCACCCGUCAGGUAAAAGGUGCGAGGGCGAAUGGAUAAGUGCUACAAGGGUAUUAAGGAUUCAAUGGCAGAGCUUGGUCAAGGUUCUUAAGGGGGCCCAACCCGUAAAACCGACGAAGGACUGUUGAAAUUCGGUUGGCACAUCGAGUCAUUUGACCUACGGAUUUCCGUAUCGAUGAGAACAUAGUGGUACCAUAUACCGUAGAGACGCGGCAAACGAGGACGAUUCCGUUCGUGGAGAUGACGGAGCUACCGUGCAUGCCGCGCCAGUAUUGCCGCAUCUACGUAUUGUCACCAACAUGAGUUUGAGUAUUGUUCCGGUACAACGACGGCCUGAAGCGGAGGUUACGAACGAUACGUCUACAUAAGGUUUGCGAUAUGUCAAUGAUUAUGAUGGAGAACCCGAAGAUGGGCAGUGCCGGACGGACAUUGCUAUUCAUGAAUGAUGAGGAUUAGAGAAACCCUCUGGGAAUGACUACUGCAACCUGAUAGUAACGAGAUGUAUUCCCGACGUUAUAAAAUUUGUGUGGCUGACGGAUAGACGACGCCUAUCUAAGACCAGCGGGGAUGGGCCUGUACCAGUGAGUUCGACAAUCUAAAAGGAACCAUAAAGACCAACUUGUGUUCAAAAUGAGAAAGCAAAGAUAGGAUAGCUACAUGGUACUCAGGUAGCUUUUACUAGGACGGCUCUUAUCUUUGUCGGUAAAGAUCAAAUAUUGAAGCAGGGUGCUCACAUUUCGCGCAACCAACUAACAUCCAAUCUUUGAGCCCACUCAGAUAAUGUCUUACCGCAAAGCUUUUCACC